CUCUUCCACCAGGACAGAAGAAAGGGACCGACAGGGCGGCAAGACAACCGAGGAUGUAGCUUGAAUCCGGAGUUUUUGGAAUAUAAUAGCAAAGCGCAUCAGAAAAAGAGAGGUGGCUUGUAGUCGAAUAUGGAGGGGGACCCGAAGCUUAAAGGUGUCGGAUACGUUUUUGAUGUGUGAAAUCACUUUUUAAGACGAGAUUUAUAUAUUUUUUUUACUGGGAAGUCUUAACAAUGCGUUGCACGGACAGAAGCAGGUCCGUAAUGAUUGUGCUCUGCCUUUUGGGAUGCAAUGUCUGGAAAGCGGUUACUAAAACCUUGCAAAAGGAUAAUGAUGCUAAAGAGGUGACACUGCGGGUGCAUCUGAGUGACUCCAGCACCCACCAGGCCCUCCCUGGAGUCACCGUGGAAAUCUUCGCCAACCACACCUCUGUUGCCACGGAGACCUCGCUCGGCGACGGCAACGUCUUCCUCAGGUUCAGCUAUCGCCUCGGCGACCUGCUGGUGGUCACGGCCACGAAGAGAGGAUAUGUGCCAAACUCCGCCCCUUGGCGUCCCACCAGAUUACCUGUCUUCUCCUCCCUCAGUUUGGACCUGCUUCCUGAGAGAGCUGCAACUCUGAUGGUGUAUGAGGAUGUGGUGCAGAUUGUCUCGGGAUAUCAAGGCUCCAGACUGCAGCCGUGGGUCCAGUUCCAGAGGCGGGCCUUGAGUCUUCCCCCAAACGCCUCCUACACCAACCUGACCGCUCUGCUGACCGUUACACACUCGCCCCACGACGCACAUCGCCUGUCCUACCUGCAGGCCCUCAACGCAAACACUACAGGGGGUUUUGAGUUGACUCCAGUGGCGGCGAUCAGCGUGCACCUGCUAGGCAGCGAUGGGGCGGAACUUCAGGUGAACGAGCCAAUCAGUGUCAGCGUGCCUCUUCCUGCCAACAGUGGCCUGAAGGAGAAUGACCACAUCCCCGCCUGGAGGUUCGACCCCAAACUUGGCGCGUGGCUGAAGAGCAGCCUGGGCUACGUGCAGAGGGAAGGAGACGAGCUCAUCCUCACCUACAUCGCCUCGCAGCUGGGCUACUGGGUCGCAGCCAUGUCUCCUCUCAACACAGGUCCAGUGGUGGCGAAGGAUAUCAGCACGUACCACACGGUGUUCCUGUUGGCCAUAUUGGGAGGCAUGGCCCUGAUCCUGCUGCUUCUGCUCUGCCUGCUGCUCUAUUACUGCAGGCGUAAGUGUGCCCACUCGCGGCCCUCCCACCGGAAGCUGGUGCUGUCGUCGGCGCUGGACAGCUCCAAGCGGGACCAGUCCACCUCCAUGUCCCACGUCAACCUGAUCAGCGAGACGCAGCGGGACACGCUGGACCUGACCUCGCCGGGCCCCGAGCCCGACCUGCACACGCCCAUGCUGAAGCCCGUGGCGUAUGUGGCCUCGUCCUCGUCCGCCGACGAGCUGACCACGGUGUCCCGCGACGACGAGGAGGAGGACGACGAGCUCCCGGCCAGCGGGCGCGGCUCGCGCUGCGCCGCCAACGGCCGCCGCUUCCGCCGCUCGGCCGAGACGCUGGAGCUGAAGGCGUGCCGCUCGGCGGCGCCGUCCGAGGCCGACUACCGGCGCAGCUGCAGCUCCGUGCUGUCGUCGUCGGCGCUGCACCCGCUCCGCUCCUCGGCGUCGAGUUCCGCGUCGUCGCCCCACCCGCUGCUGCUUCUCCGCUCGUCCGAGGACCGCGGCGGCGGCGGUGUCGUCGUCGGCGGUCAGCGGCGGGAUGAUGAGCCCCGCCUCUCGCCGCUGAGGGACGCGUCGUCGUCGUCGCGGCGCAGCCCGGCCCCGGCCUCGUCCCCGUGCCUGGACGGCGCGCUGCUGGAGCGUCGCGCGGGCGGCGAGCUGCUCCUCUCGCGCUCGGUGGACCAGCUGGAGAGGGGCCCGCUGCUGCCGCUCUCGCUCUCGCUGCCCCGGCCCGGCGCCCUGCUGUGCUGCAGCUCGGAGCUGGCGGUCAGCCAUGCGCAGCGCGGGGCUUUGGCGUCGGCGGCGGGGGGUCCGUACGUCAGGCCGCGGCCCACGCUGGUCAUCCCCGCUCACUACAUGCGGCUGCCGGGGACGCACCCGCUCUCGGGGCAGGCCUUCCUGCUGCAGUCGGACGAGCGCAGCGAGCUGGAGACCAUCCAGGCCGAGCUGGCCGCCUCCCAUCAGCCCCUGGGCCCGGCGGCCGGCGAGGCGGCGGACGAGGGGACCGAGGGGGCGUCGUCCGCGAACGACGGGGAGGUGGACAGAGGCGGAGGUGGUGGUGGAGGAGGAGGCAAUGGAGAUAGGGAGAGAGGCGGAGGCGGGGGGCAGUGGGGCCAGGCGCUGUCCAUUCCCGACCGGCUGAGCCAGGCGGGGCUGGGCGUGGUGCAGAUGAACGGCGAGGACACGCUGCUGGCCGAGAAGGCCCUGAUGGAGCUGCGGGGGGGCAAGCCGCUGCCCCACCCGCGCGCCUGGUUCGUCUCGCUGGACGGCCGCUCCAACGCGCACAUCCGCCACUCCUACAUCGACCUGCACGGGGCCGGGCGGGGCCCCGCGCCUGCCGGGCGCCGCAACGACGCCAGCCUGGACUCGGGCGUGGACAUGGGCGAGGUUCGGGGGCCCGGAUGGCGCCGGGCAGCAGCGAUGCCCACGGGCACGGUGGCGGCGGCGGCGGCGGCGGCUCCGGAGGGUCGAGCGACAGCGCCUCAGUCGCCCGCCCCGGCUGCCGCCGCUCCCCUUCCUCCGCCACAGCCCGCCCCGAGUGUCACCUACACGCAGCUGGUGUUUCUGGAAGAUUCCAACGGCAAUUCCAGCCAAGGAGGGACCCCGGUCCUCAGCCCGCAGUCGGAGGGGAACGGAGUGAGAGACGAGGUGGAGGAGGAGGAGGAGGAGGAGAGGAGACACCUGGAGGAAGGGGGGGACACGGGGUCCUCGAUGUCCCCCUCGCCCCCCUCACCCCUGCCCCCUCCCCUCCACUCGCCCCCUCCUCUGCCUGAGCCCAUGGAGGAGGAGGAGGAUGAGGAGGAGGGCUUUGGGACGGAGCGCGCUCGGACGCAGCAGCAGGUGCCGCCUCCUCCUGACGAGCUGGCCGCCCCCGACGACAGCAGCGAGGACGACAACAAGAAGAGCCCGUGGCAGAAGCGUGAGGAGCGACCGCUGCUGGCCUUUCACCUCAAGUGACCCUUGACCCCCACGGCCCUUUCAACUCUAAGCCUCUUGCACGGUCUGCGCACAAACCAGGGGGGCGGGUAGAAGCACUGCUGGGAGGUGUCGCCAAAACAGGAAGUGCUAACGUUUGUAUGUCAGAGUGUUUCUACGUGCAUUCUAUGUUACUCCCAGAAGCAAAAAUUCAAAGCGUUAUCCAAGUACAAUACAGUUACUCCAUGCUAUUCAGCUCCAUCUUUGUAAAGAGGGAGUCCGAAAAGAAAAGGGGGUGAAGAGCACGAAGAUGGACUAGAGAAGCACUAGAACUGUAUCGCCCCCUAGUGGACACCUGUGAACACAGCACUAUUGUUCAUAUAUUUGCUGCUUUGCUGAAUUUUUGGGGCUUGGUGGAUAUUCUCAUCCAAAGUAUGCAGGAGAAGAAUAUAGGAGUGGAACUCCAAUUUAGAGACUCCUGUUUUUUUAUAUAUAUAAAUGUCUCAAUCUUAGAACAUGCGUCCUCCUUUGACAGGAAACAGCCAUACGUUCUGUUGGAGGGACAUGCAAAACACACACACUCACACUGACACACACACACACACACACACACACAAAUACACAAAUUGCUCUUCCAGUGGGUCUGGAUCCACAGUGCAAUCAGUCAUGCUCAGCUCAGCUCUCUGCCGUGACUGGUAUUGAGGGUCAGGCCCGGACCCCGAUCUUGGAAAAUAGACGGGCUGAAGCUCUCAGACCUCCUUAGCUUCACAGCGUCAAGACACUCAGAAGACACAACAGACAGACAGCUGUGCAGCUAUGCAAUGCUUUUUUAUUUUGUUUUAUUUUUAAAUGAAAGAAUCCCCUAUGGCUUCCAGUGCUGGUUUGAACCACUACUUGUUUUUGUUUAGUAUGCCAAUUUAUUUUACUCAAGUUAUUUUGAUGUCGCUGGUUGUUUUCACUCUUCGUGUAUGGAUGGAUGUCGUCUGGAAUAUGUUGGCACACACACAUGGAUGCACACACAGACACAGAUAUGUCCUAAAACCAAAUAUUCAGUAGUAACGGGUUAAAGAUCUGUCGUCUCAUGUCCAAGUGCCUUUACUGUGUUCAACACCAAAAAUAAUGCAGCCACCCCACACUGAUGCUCCCCCUCUCACUCAGACACUCAGACCUUCACUUGCUUUCAUUUAAUCUACUGUAAAUCACCCCUCUUACGUUAGUCUGUGUUAUUAACAUUUUAUUCCUGUUUUCCCUUUCCCUCUCUCUCAUUUCUUGUCCUCUGUCGGAUAACCCAUAUGCAGUACCACCAUGGUCUUUCUUGUCUCUCUCGUUGGCCUUGACUAGAUUCUAUAUGGAAGUGGCUCCACAGAAGUAACUGAUAUGUGUGAUUGGUCUGUGUUUCGUGUGUAUAGAUGUAUGCAUACAGUCUUAGAACCCUUCACAUGUUUGCAUGUAUGUGUGCCCUUGUGUGCAGCAAGUGUGUGUGUGUGUGUGUGUGCGCAUUUUUGUAUGUUGUUCACAUAUGCCUGUGUAUGUCAUUGGUUUGUUGGCAAACCUAAUUUUCUUUGCCUUAGAGGUGUGUGUGUGUGUGUGUGUCAUUGUAUGUUCACAUGCAAAUGCUUGUGUAUGUUACUUGCCUGUCAACAAAUGUUUUUAUUUGCCUUAGUAGAAGUGGCUUACCAUGUUUGUGUGUUUGGGUGGCUUGUAGUCACCUUCAUAUACCUGUAAGUGUUGGGUCUGAUGGCAAAGUGUGUGUGUGUGUGUGUGUGUGUGUGUGUGUGUGUGUGUGUGAGUGUGAGUGAGAACAUAUGACUCUGUCUCUCUGAGAUACAGAAAUGUGUACAGAAAUAUGUACAGUUCCUCUUGCAGCCUGUUUUUUUUUUGUUUUGUUUUGUUUUUUGUUUUUUUAGUAAGAGCACUCUGUUAAACCUUCAUUUACCUUGACAACCACUUAAGAACUAUUCCACUGCACAAUGUCUCAGAACAGACCACUCUACUCAACGGCAGCCCCUACAUGCCAAUCUGCUAUGUGGAAAUCUACAUUGUGCUUCUCUGCUGCAGUCUGUAUUCCCUCUGUCUUCUCUGUUCUUCCAUGCUUGGAAUGUACAGUAUGGUUGCUUGUACAAUGAUUCACACUUAAAUAAACUCUUAGACAAACUCUAAA